UUGCAGGUACACUACCUCACGUGCUCCCGCAGUGGUGAGCAAAAGGAGCGACCAAAUAAAAAAAAUCGUCGCCCUACUCGUCCUUCGAUAAAAUGUGGAAAAAACUGUAUGGCCUAUCUAAAGAUGAAGCAAAAUCCGACAGUUUCCGAACUGAAGAUUGAAGCGUGUUUGCAUCAUAGUGGUCAUGAGAUUGACGCAUCAAAAAUUCGAUUAGAGCAAAAUGAGUGGUGUCGGGUCAUACAACUGAUUCGAGAAAUUGAUGAAGGUUUGCUGCAAGUUGACAUCAAGCAUAUAACGCGGAUACGAGAAAUCCUUGGUAAUAAUGGCCGAUUCCGUCUGAUGACAGACGAAGGACUCUGCGAGCAACUUCCCAAAUGGAUAGAGCAGGUACUAACUCUUCACCUAUCGGCUAAUUUCUAG